AUGCAACAAAAUACAAAUGAAAGUGAUCUCAAAUUGUCCAUGGUACAAGCAGAGUCACCUGGGAAGCCGACCGUUGAUAUUCGUUACGAUGAUGCAAGUCUUAUAGAAUUUUGGUUGGAAGGCCCAACAGUGAAAGGACCUGAUGUAUCGCAUUACACCGUGUCAUAUAAAGUAAAAGGCUCUAAUGACGAACCCACCGUAAUGACGGUUGCUAAAGAGUACAGGGAUCACAUUGAUACAUCAAGAAAAUACACUGUUCUACGUGUUGAAGGACUCAAACCUAGUACUAUCUACGUUUUCAACUUCUUUGCUAAAAACGAUGUUGGCACUGGGCCAGCGCGAGAACUUGAGAAAACCACAAAACAAGUCAGGGUGCCUGAUACUCCAAAAUUAGACGAUACACCAAUGAAUUCCGGCAAGCCAACAUCAAUUUUGGUAAAAUGGUCAAUCCCCAGCAAUGGUGGAGCUCAAAUUCUAGAGUACAGACUGACAUACCAAAGGGUAAACGUUAAAACAAACAACACCUCAGACAAUACAGCUUAUAAGGUAGAUACUAAGAUAGGCAAACCAAGCUCUCGCACUGGUAUAAAAGAUCCAUCAGUUCUGCUUGAUAAUCUUCUACCUGGUUCAUUCUAUGAGAUUAAAGUUUCUGCUGUUAAUCAGAAGGGUGAGGGAUUACCUGCAACUAAAGUCGUUAGAACACAGAUUGGUGAGUACAAACAAUAUUGUAGCAUAGGUUUCUACAAAGGGCUAAUCGACAUAGAUUAUGCCCUGAGGUCAAUUUUGUUACAGUGA